AUGUCUCUACAUCAGUUCCUACUGGAGCCAAUCACCUGCCAUGCCUGGAACAGAGAUCGUACUCAGAUUGCCAUUAGCCCUAACAAUCAUGAAGUCCACAUCUACAAGAAGAGUGGGAACCAGUGGGUAAAGGCUCAUGAGCUGAAGGAACACAAUGGACACAUCACAGGGAUUGACUGGGCUCCCAAAAGCGAUCGCAUCGUGACGUGCGGCGCAGACCGGAACGCCUACGUGUGGAGCCAGAAGGAUGGAGUGUGGAAACCAACCCUUGUGAUCCUGAGAAUCAACCGUGCUGCCACCUUUGUGAAAUGGUCUCCCCUGGAGAACAAAUUUGCUGUGGGAAGUGGAGCUCGACUCAUAUCUGUCUGCUACUUCGAAUCUGAAAAUGACUGGUGGGUGAGCAAACACAUUAAGAAGCCCAUUCGCUCCACUGUCCUUAGCCUGGACUGGCACCCCAACAAUGUGCUGCUGGCUGCAGGAUCCUGUGACUUCAAGUGCAG